CGCAGAGUGAUCGAAAGCCGAAUUUGUUUUUCUGCUCUGUCCAUAGAAAAAAGACAGGAUUUCAUCCGAUUUGGGAAUGUUUUGACUAGAGGAAUCCAUUCCUAACGACAGGAAGAUAAAGUGUAGAAUAUAGUGCAUUUCAAAAUUGUUUGUGUUUUAGCAUUUCGUGAAUCGAAAGUUUGUGUGUUUUGUCGUCUAACUGUUCCGUAAAAGAUUUGAUAACGGGCUAAGAAUGUGGAAAUCCACGGCAGGUCGUGAUAUCGAUGUGAGUGUCGCCCCGGAAGCAGACGAUGAUUGGGAGACGGAUCCGGACUUUUUGAACGAUGUCACCGAGCAGGAGCAGCGAUGGGGCUCAAAGACGGUCGAAGGAUCGGGCCGGAGUGCCGCUGCAAUUGAUAUGCAACAGCUGCGGGAGGAGACCGAGAGGGCGGACAAGGAGAAGAAACAGAAGGAUGGUCCGAAGUCUUCCCAUGGGUAUGGCGGAAAGUUUGGCGUGGAGAAGGAUCGAAUGGACAAGUCGGCACUGGGUCAUGACUACGUUGGUAAGGUGGAGAAGCAUGCAUCGCAGAAGGAUUAUUCGACCGGGUUCGGGGGUAAGUUUGGAGUGCAGUCCGAUCGGGUGGAUAAGUGUGCUGGUACGUGGGAACACAAGGAGAAGGUAGAAAAGCACAGCUCCCAGAAGGAUUACGCCACAGGAUUCGGGGGAAAGUUUGGUGUGCAAACGGAUCGGGUGGACAAGUCGGCUGUCGGGUGGGAUCACAUGGAAAAGGUGGACAAGCACGAGUCGCAGAAGGAUUACAGCAAAGGAUUCGGCGGAAAGUUCGGGGUAGAAGCCGAUCGGCAGGACAAGUCCGCCGUCGGUUGGGAUCACAUGGAAGCACCUCAGAAGCACGAGAGUCAGCUGGAUCAUAAAGUGGGCUUUGGAGGCAAGUUCGGCGUUCAGACUGAUCGGAAAGACAAGUCUGCUCUCGGCUGGGACCAUAUCGAGAAACCGGAGAUGCACGAGAGCCAGGUCGAUCACAAGAUUGGCUUCGGAGGCAAAUUUGGAGUGCAAAGCGAUCGGAUGGACAAAUCGGCGCUCGGAUUCCAGGAGCAGGACAAGAUUGGCACCAACUACACCAAAGUCAAGCCGGACAUUGGCUCGGCGAAGCCGUCGAACAUCCGGGCCAGGUUCGAGAAUUUUGCCCUCGCAGCGGAGGAGGAAACCCGGAAGAAGGCCGAAGAGCAGAAGCGGUUGCGUCUGGAGAAGGACAAGAAGGACCGGGACGAGGCUUCUAAGCGAGUGAACAACGCAACUGAAUCUGUAGAGCCGAAGAAGCCCGAACGCAAGGGACCGAUCAACACUGGUCGCGAGCAGGGUGUUGGAAGUGCUAUAAGUAACUUUAACAAGCAACCUGAUACGCCAACGGACACGACGAGGAAGGAACCCAUUCUGCUGCCCAAAGUGGUAUCUCGUCCUGUUGUUCAACCGGACGUCAUCCCGACAAAUGCUGUCCAACCCCAGCGAGUAGUGGAACAACUGCCACCAUCACCAUCACCGGCAGCAGUUGUGGAAGAGGAACCCACCCCAACCCACCUGCCGGUUGUCCGAAAUCAACCAGUUCCGGUGGAACCAGUGGAUCCGGAACCUGAACCACAACCGGAACCCGUCGUUGAACAACCGGUUCCGAAGGCUGCUGCUGUUGUAUUCGAGCAGCCACAGUCGGAGUUGGUCACCGCUGCUGCCGAGCAGGAAGAACCGGAAGAGUUCAUCCUGUCGGCGGACAAUCCCGGCGUACAGGCCAUUGCCCUGUACGAUUAUCAAGCCGCGGCCGACGAUGAAAUUUCCUUCGAUCCGGACGAUCGAAUCACUCACAUUGAAAUGAUUGAUGAGGGUUGGUGGAGAGGAUUGUGCAACAAUCAGUACGGGUUGUUCCCUGCCAAUUACGUGCAACUGAUUUAGUCGGAAGUGGCACGCCCCUGCGGACUAGGCAGAUAAGCUCAAAGCAUUCGGACGAUUUUUGUUUUGUACUAGAUUCUAUUUUUGACCGCCCACCCCUCCCAUCAUUCAUCAAAUCAAAGAUCGCAUUUAUCGACGAUACGAGGACUAACAUUCCUUCAUGUUUA